UACUGCGCUCGGAACCCGUCCAACGACCCGUGCCUCGGCUGGCAGGUGUUCGGCGAUGGCUGCACCGAUUGUGCACGAAGCUGCGCCUUCUUGGACGGCUUGGACAUCAAGGGCAGCGUGUGCCCGCAGCAGUGGCAGGGCCAGUACGCCGGGACUGCCUCGUGCAAGUCGUGCUGGGAGGGAGAGGACUGCGGGUGGACUUGUGACCUGACAGACGGCACCAAGGCCGGCGUCGACCUGCAGGCGUACGUCCACGCGUCUCACGGAGAGGGCUACUGCGCUCGGAACCCGUCUAACGACCCGUGCCUCGGCUGGCAGGUGUUUGGCGAUGGUUGCACCGAUUGUUAGGAAGUCGGGUCGCCUCAAUCCUCCUGCAUGCAAGCAGCUGGUCCAUCCGAGUAGAGCUUCUCCUAACGGGCCCAGGGGGCGCGCCUCGUUCGUCGCGCCGACAGCGCGCGACGCCGUACAGCUUGUGUAAGGGAAUUUGACGUGCAGAGCGAGUGUUCUGCAAGCUUCAGUGUCCACGGUGGCAAAGAUGAAGACAUUCGCGUCAUCCAGUUGGUCGGAGGUUAAUAGAACCCGCACGUUGCCAAGUCGAUUAGCGAAUUGCCACUUGUUGAUUCUCGAGAAGGUUUGCGG